CUUGACAUGUUUGAGGAACAGAAAGGUCAGUGUGGCUCUGUCACAUGCUUCACAACAGCUGGUGGGGCAAGUCAGGAGGAUGUUAUCCUCUCUCUGGGGAAGAAGUCUCAUGGCAGAAAGGUGACUUGUCCAGACCUCAAGCCUGGACAGGGUUGAGCUGGGAGUGGGACAUGGAGCUUCACCUGGAUUUUUGGCAUAGCAAUGGAGAAGACCGGCUCUGGGUGCAGAGUUGUUAUAAGACCAAAUGGCCAUGCAGGGAAUUCAUAUAAAGGACAGCUUUGUUCCAACGUCUGGAAAUGAGGGCACUCGGUGACUGUUUCUCCAUCCUGGGUCCAAAGAGAGUGAGCGGCCCAGAGAGGGGUUCGGUGACCCUGCAGUGUCACUAUGACUCAGGGUGGGAGACCUACAAGAAGUGGUGGUGUCGAGGAGCUGAUUGGGGUUCCUGCAAAAUCCUCAUCAUAACCACAGGAACGGAGGAAGAGGUGAAGAAGGGCCACAUAUCCAUCAGAGACAACCAUAAAAGUCACACAUUCACCGUGACCAUGGAGAGUCUCAGUGGAAAAGAUGCUGACAUUUACUGGUGUGGGAUUGCGCGAGCUGGAUUUGACCUUGGGGACCAAGCUGAAGUGACCGUUGACCCAGCACCAACUGCAUUGUGGACUACCGCCUCCACCACCAACACGUUUACAUCACCAGCUGCCCCAGAAGAGACGACAGGCUCCCCAACUCUGAGCAGUCCCCGCUCCAAUGGCAGGCGUGACAUCUUGGACCUCAGCAUCCUCCUUCCCCUCAUCUUUUCCGUGUUUCUGCUUCUUUUGGUGGCAGCCUCACUCCUGGUUUGGAGGACAUUGAAGCGACAGAAGAAAGCUGCUGGGAUGUCCUCAGAGCAGGUGCCCCAGCCCCCGGAGGACGGCCUCUGUUACACCAACCUGAGCCUGCAGCGGACGGGAGCCUCCAAGGUCCCCACCCGGACAAAGAGCUCCGGGAGGUCCUCCUGCACCCUGGCUGCCGGGUCGGAAGUGGAAUACAUCACCAUGGCUCCCUUCCCAAAGGAGGACAUUUCCUACGCCUCCCUGGCCUUGGAUGCCAUGAACCAAGACCCAACCUACGGCAAUACGGGCCCCCUCCUGGCCCAUGAUCCCGCAGGGCCCCAUGAGGAGGCCACUGAGUACAGCACCAUCAGGGGGCAAUAGCCUGUGCACCAGGCCCCCCGCUCAUACCUCACCCGGAGCUGUGGCUCACACGUUCCUGCCUCGUCUGCCUUCUGCCCCCAGCCCCUCACCAGGACCGACGAUGACGGAGACCUCUGCCGGGUCCAGUCGGAAUCAGCCCGGCUCUGGCUCGGGCUUAGGACCUCGACUCAGGGGGCUUCUGGCAGUUAGAACAGGGGGCUGUCCUCCUCCCUUCUUCUCCCACCCAGCUUGGGAGGGAGCUGGAGGGAUGCUCUGGGGCUGCCGUGGGAAAAACAAUAAUAUGAAUAAUAGUAGUUAACCUUAUUUAUUGCUGACCAUGUAUGGGGAGCUGAAUAAUGUCCUCUCUGCCAAGGUAGCCACGUCCCAAUCCCCGGAACCUGUGGGCAGUCCCUCAUAUAGGGAAAGUGACUUAGAAAAUAUUAAGUUAAGGAUCUUGGGGUGGGGAGAUUUUCUAGGUGGGCCCUAAAUGGAAUCUUGGGAGUACUUAUAAGAGGGAGGCAAAGAGGUCAAAAGAGAAGGCAGACACGGAGAUGGGAGUGAUGCAGCCAUGAGCCAAGGAGUGCUGCAGCCUGGAGAAGCCAGAAAAGACCAGGAAUGGAUUCUCCCUGGAGCCUCCGGGGGGAAGCAGCCCUGCCAACACUUUGACUUUAGCCCAGUGAAUCUGAUUUUGGACUUCUGGCCUCCAGAACUAUAGAAGAAUAAAGUUGUGUUAUUUUAAGCCA